GAGAGAGAAUGUGCAUGAUUGUGUGUGUUUGUGUGGUAAUAUGGUGUGUUGUAUUUGUGCCUUUGUUAAAAUAUGUCAUUAUGGAUUGUGUGUAAGUAUGCACCAUGUAACUAUAGAAAUGCAUACCUGUGUAAUCAUCAAAUAGUGAUACAGAUAAUGAUACAUGAAGUUCUAGUGGACACAGUGUUUGAUGAAUAUUCAACCUCACACACAGUUCACAUUCUUUGCUUCAAGUGGCCCAGCGGACUCGUGCUUUCGCCUCAGUGGGACCAGGGUGUGUGCACAUUAUUUGGAAGGGCACACACAACGCUCCAUAUAUGGGAGCCCGGAUGGUAGAUGGCGCGUAAAAAUUGCGAACUUUGUCGUUCAAUUUCGCGGUAAAAAUGUGGCCCUGGCAAAAAAUAUGUUAUAGAUUAUAAAAAUAGACCAAAAAGUCUACCAUGUCAGAUAGAGUUUUUUUUCUAUACUAGUAUUUCCGAAAAGUCCUCAGACACCGUUCAAUAUCACCUUAAGAGAACUCCUUGUACUCCUUUUUUAACCUUAAUUUGUACCCUGAAGUAGCCACUUGUAAGUGUUGUGCUUUAAUCUGUGAUUAAAGACCCAGACUGAAUAUCACAGUCAUGUAACAUUUACAUGUAGCCUAAAGACUAGAUGUGGCCUAUACAUGAAAGGAGUUGGUUUUCUGUUCAAGGACACGUGGAGUUUUAAAGACGUUGUAAAGAGAUGAGAGGUUAAUCUUUAUGAUCUGUACGCAAUGCUAAAGUCCCAAAAAGAUAAUUGUACUUAAACUGCUGAUGGCUUGAAGUAUAUGUUGGGUAAGGCCAUGCCAAUCGUAUUUGUUGGUUCUACAAUGUAUCAGGUUCUGAAUCAAUCCCAAAUUCUCACAUGUAUUGGUACCAAAACCUUUUUAGAUAAUACAGAUUUCAACACGUCUUGAGUUUUCUGUUUCCUUGGUCUAGGAAGAAAAAUUGAAAUUCAUUUACUAUUAAAAUUUUCAGUUCUUUUGAACUGUCAAAGGUUAUGUCCUUAAAAAGUCAAUACCAAUUUUUAAUGAUAGGCCCCUUGAUUGUAAUUAAGAAGCUUAAGGGUUUGCAAAGGUUACUUCAGAGCCUUGAGUGUCUGCAGAUGCCAUUCUUUACAACAGACAGGACUACUACUUAAAGGUGUCCCAGACCAGGUGAGGUACUACAGGUACAGGUGAUUGUGUCAGGGACGACUCCCGUGUGUCUUCCAGACGGCGUCUCUCAGUAAGUCUUUUUCUUUAAGGUGUUACAUGUAUCUGUUUCGGUAUUGUUUCACUCAUGUUGAAUUAUGUUAUGCUUGGUUUGUUUGGGUUGCUCAAUUAGGCAGAGAGUUGUGAUGCCAAUUUCUAGCCUUGCCAUUACUAGGCUGUUCUGACCAAUGAUUUGUUACUUGUAGCGACUUGAGUGUUGCUAGCCAAAUGGCUACUUUAGUGUGAUACAUGUUAAAUUGUGCAUAACCAUGAUGUAACCAAUAACAUUUGUUCUAUCCAGCAGAAUACACAGUUCAGGAAAACCUUCUUGCCGGGCCUGACAAGAAGUCUGCAUAAACGUCGAAGGACAGACAGUCCAUGAUGGGUGUGCUGAUGUUCCUCCUAGUCAUCCUUAAGGUGUUGGGAGCAGCAGAAACCUGCAGCUGCACAUCUUCACCAUACUGCAGGUGUGUUGGUCAGGGUCUCACCAGCAUACCUCCGGACCUGCCAACCUCCAUCAUCGGCUUAAAUUUGGGACAGAAUCUAAUCACAACGUUAAGCCAAUCUGACUUCUCAGAGUAUAGGAACUUAGAAACUUUAGAACUGCCUCAAAAUCGCAUUUCUGUCAUCAAUAGCCAACCAUUCUAUCACUUGUCAAGCUUGACCAACUUGUACCUGAACAAUAACAGGAUAACGGCCCUGAGUCCUGACAUGUUCACAGGGCUGGGAAACUUGGAGAGGCUUGAGCUGGAAAGUAAUAAGAUCAUUGACAUUCAGGCUAAAACUUUCAGUUCUACACCAAAUCUGGUAAGGCUGACCCUGUUUUCUAACAAUUUAAUACGCCUCAGAGUUGACAUGUUCACAGGGCUGGGAAAUUUACAGGGCCUUUACCUGAACAAUAAUAACAUCACAGAUAUUCAGACUGGAACUCUCAAUCCAACUCCAGAACUCAGAUACUUAGACCUGAACAACAACCAAAUUCAUUCCAUUCCGUCCAACUUGCUGGCAAAUCUGCUGCAACUUACAGAACUCAGAUUGAAUGAAAAUGACAUCAAAAUUUUUCCCUUUGAAGAUUUGUCAAAGAUUCAAAGAAUAUCUCUUCUUUACCUCAACAAUAACCAAAUGACAACCCUUCCCUCUUUGGCCUAUGAGAUACUAUCAUCCAUCUCUACUGUUAACAUUGACAACUACCCCUGGCAGUGUGACUGUAGGAUGGUGGACUUUAAGUUGAAGAUGACAGAACCACGUUCUUUUGACAAACAGAUCACUUGCUCCCAACCAGACAGCCUCAGUGGGCAAAACCUGAUAAAAGUCAACCCUGGCGAUUUGAUGACAGACUGUCAAAAACCAAACAUUACGAGGUUCGAGAGGAUUGAAAAUUAUCUUCUGAUUCAGGGAGAGACUCUCCGUUUGGUGUGUGAAGCUUCAGGAAUCCCCACACCAGACAUCACAGUUAGACUCCCAUCUGGACUCGAAUUCAAUGCAACAGUAUACUAUUGUCAGCUGGAAGGGUGA